AUGCAGAUCGAUAUACAUCUACCUAGUCCUUCCUUGCAUCAUGAAGCCGGUAAUAAAACAUCAGAAACUCGACAGUUUGCGUUUUUUGAUGAAAUUUUGGUUGGAUAUGUGACGGGCAAUGCGAUUACGGAUGAUGUUCCACAGCAUUGCAUUCUAACUUUAUAUGCAUACAUCGUUUCAGAUGAGAAGGAUGAAGAAUUAAUAGCUGAAAUGAACCUCCAACGGACAAAUGAACAAGUUGAACUGGGAAAUCCAAAUACAAUUACGUGGAAUUUUGAACUACCAAUAACGUAUCCUCGAAAAAGAAUUGAACAACCACAGCUUGUACUUAAAUGCAUAUAUCAAAAACGACUGGUUGACAAAAAUACAAACUCAUCAAACUCUAGUGAAAUAAUUGCAAAGAAUUAUGAACCAAUUUCCCAAGAACACUUAGUAGAGUCUUUGCAUGAUCAAGAAUUGGGUGAAAGCCAGAAUGAUAGCCAAGGUUCAUUUAAUCUUGAAGUGGUGGAAAAGUCAGAAACAAAAAUUACCAUUCCUAUAUAUACGCCACUAGCGCUUAAUAUGAAAUCAACUAAACCUGCUGGAAGAAAUGAUAUUUUGUUGUCUGCAAUCAGUAUUGAAAGUUCUAAUAAAUCUGAUGAAUUAAUAGAUUCUGUGCAAAGCAGUACCAGAGACGACAACAACGAUAAAAACAAGAGCAGAGAAAACAGUUUGUGUUUUGAAAUUCUUGGACUAGAUGCAUCUUUUGAUGCUGGAGUGGUAAGUCGAAUGGGUCAAAAAGUGCCUUCUUUUUUGAACAUCACCGAUCUGCUAAGAGUAGUGUACAAGUUCUCCUUGAACGAUUUCUCAUCAUCAAAUCAAUUAGCCUUGCAAAAACCAGUUGUUAUCUUACUCAAAUACCGACUAGCAAGAGUUGGUGAUGAGAAUAAACUUGAACCUAUCAGCAACAUAAUCGAAACACUUUGGACUCCUUACUUGGAUUUUAGUCUAGUUGCUCCUCCGAUAAGUAAUGGGUUACGCACCAGCAAUACAACCCAUCCCCUAGAUUCCAGUCCAAACUUGCUGGGCUUGAAUGGUCAGAGGCAAAAGUCGCAGCUGCUGCAUCUAGUCUAUAGAACAAAAGGCUUUAGCAAUUCGUUAUUGAACACAAAUAUACACAACAAUGGAAUUACUGCACCGGACCAGCUUGCUAGACGAACAAAACUGAGCUAUACUAGGAAUUCCUCAAUGACUGUGAGCCUAACAGGUAAUGGAAAUCUGCCAUUCAGUGGCCUUAAAUUGAUAUUUCUUGGCAAAUUGUAUUGCAAGGUUGGGAAAACGUUGAAAUGGCAGAUACAAGCUAUAAACCACUCCAAAUUCCGGCUCAAUUUGUCCUUGUCUAUGGAUUCAACAAAAUCGGCCUCCUCCUUCUCCUUCUCCUCCCCUUCCUACAUAUCCUCACUGCUGACUUUCUCGCGCAAUAUUCAACAAAGAGGCCCCGACAGAGCUGAUGAAGAUAGUGGUGUUUUACUAUUGAGCAAUGAUGUAAGAAUCGGUCCUAUGGAUCCGCAAUCUAUUUACGAAACUGAGAUGAGUUUUAUUUGCAGUCGCAAAGGAGUAUUUAAUCUCGAUGGCCUUAAAAUCACAGACUCGAUCACUGGAGAUGGUCUUAAUUUUGGCAAAUUGAUUGAGAUAUUUAUUGUAUGA